AUGGCGGACGGUACUCGGUCUCCUCCUCAUCCGUUCACUCCGAGCCUCUACGCCCUCCAUGGCCGCUCCGAGACACCUCCUCCUCUCUCCAGAGCCUCGACUCCAGCCAUGAGUACCGGCAUCGAGACCGUCAUCCAGUCCGAGCAGCAGCAGCCGGUGCCGCAUGUCCCUUAUUCAAUGGAAGGAUCUGACGAAGAAGUCCAGCGUCCGCCCCGUUACACUCGCGAGAACGACCCCUUCCAACUAUCUACCAAGUUAAAGUCCAACGCAGAAAUCGACCAGAUCCAAGCAAACACCAGUCGUCGGCGGAAAUGCAUCUCGAGCGAGCAAAAGGGGCGAACCAACGCUGACCGGAGAAGGCUGCAGUCCUUCUACCGGUCCCAGAAUGAGAAGAUCGAGCGUCUCUUGAAGCCCGUCGACGAACAUGUCAGACACGCGAAGGAGUUGAAUGAGCAGAACCAGCUCAAGUACAAGAUUGCAGUAUACGGCAGCUUCGCGGCAAAUGUCAUCCUGUCCAUUCUCCAGGUCUACGCUGCCGUUUCGUCAGGCUCCCUAUCCCUCUUCACGACGAUGGCGGACGCCAUCUUUGACCCAAUGUCCAACCUGACCCUGCUCCUCUGUCACAAGGCAGUCAAGCGUGUCGACGCACGCAAGUUUCCCGCAGGUAAAGCCCGAAUCGAAACAGCAGGGAACAUCUUCUUCUGUUUCCUUAUGACUGCUGUCUCGUUCAUUCUUAUUGCCUUUUCGAUCAAGGAUCUCGUCGAGGGCAGCAACUCCGAGACAAGCAAGUUCUAUCUCACAGCCGUCAUAGCAGUGUGUAUCGCCUUUGCCACCAAAUUCACCCUCUUCCUUUACUGCUGGGCACUACGGAACCAGUACUCGCAGGUCCGAAUCCUCUGGGAAGACCAUAGGAACGACCUCUUCAUCAACGGGCUCGGUAUCUUGACCUCCGUGGGUGGGAGUAAGCUCCGGUGGUGGAUCGAUCCCGUGGGAGCCCUGCUUCUGAUCGGCGUUACGGCCGAUACGGAGAUGCAGCAACUCAUCACCUAUAUCUCCAUGACCCACUCGCCGCUGAUCACGGCCAUCGACACGGUACGUGCAUACACUUCUGGUCCGCGCCUGCUCGUUGAAGUAGACAUCGUCAUGGACAGGUACAAGACUCUAGAGGCUACGCAUGAUGUUGCAGAAGAGCUUCAGACGAAGUUGGAGAGUCUUCCAGAUGUCGAACGAGCCUACGUACACGUCGACUACGAGACUACGCAUAAACCCGAACAUUUCUUGAAGAAAGAGUUGUGA